CCAUACUGCCACGUGCCAUAAAAUUCUCUCCCGCCUCGCAAAUCUAUCCGUUAACCCUAAUCUCUCUCUCUCUAGUUGGGGUCUCUGCAACUCUCUCUCUCUCUCCUUCUCUCUUCCAUUGAAGGAGAGAAAGAUCAAGAAAAUAACGCCAAUUUUUUUUAUUUUUUUAAAAAUAUUCUUGACACAUAAGAACACAGGUCAAAUGGGGAAACUUCUAUGCGAUUCAACAGCUGUUGCUGAGACGACAUUUCAGCCUUCGUCGCCGGCCCUCCAUUGGAGAGACACCAAUGGGGCUUCUCUCGAAGCAGUUGAUCUCCUGGACCAGAGUGUAACAACGACUACCACAACAACGUGGGAGGACGUGAUUGGCUUGGAGGACCAGCAGAGACGCCAUUUACAGAAACUACAAGCCAAAGGUGUGCUUUGGAAGCAUCCAGGGGAUGAUAAUAAAGCAUCUGCGCAUUCUUCGCCGCCGAGAUCGGUGGUUUUCAGGCUGUCUCACGGGGGAGAGGUGUCGCCAGACGGGAAUUGCCUAUUCACAGCGUCACAGAGGGCAAUGAUGGCGCGUGAUAUUGACGCGCGGGAGCUGAGGAGGCGGACGGUGCGGCGGUUCUCGGAGGACUUCGAGUCUGGGAGUGAUGAAGAAAAAGAAGUGAUAAAUGACGCUAUUAGGCACAUGUACUCCCCGGAUCUGAAGAGCGGAUGGGGGAUUCAUGUGGUUCAAGAGGUCAAGCUCUUGGCCAAGAAGGAGGAUCGCGUGAAUUUGGAUUCCGUGAUCGAAGAGCUCGUUCAGCUGGGGAUGCAAAGAGAAAUGGCGGGCGAGUCUAUAUACAAAGAGAGAUGUAUUCCAGUGAAUGAUGGCCCCAGUUGGGCAAAAUACAUGUCGAUCUCUGGUUCAACUGAUGAUGAGUAUGAUAUCAUCACUUUGCAAUAUACUGAGGAGGGUUUAUUAUCUAUAGAUGAGAAUAGAGAAGGUCAUGCAGCGGCAUUUGGAGAUGAUAUAGCAAUUGAAUGUCUUGCAACUGAGUUCAAGCGAGAGAUUUAUGUGGUGCAAGCACAUGGAUCUGAUGCAAUGGUUGAUGAAGAGAAUUGUGUUUUCUUCCUUCCACAUCGUCCAAGAGGUGAAAUUUGUGAACUUCCUUUCUUCCUAUUUAUGAAAGGAACAGGGUGGUGUGGUGCUGGAGCUGACCACUAUGAGCCAUUGAUUGCCAAUCCUUCUUCUUUAGUCUCCACAGAGAAGGUUGCUGUAGUACUUUGAGCUUGUAGGUUUGCUGCCUGCAAAUUGAGCAAUCUUGUAGUAUUGGUGUAGUGGUUUUUUGCCGGCUUCUGUUUAAUGGUGUUGAGGUUUCUUGAGUCGUUCAAGGAUACACUAUUGUGUCCAAGCUGGAAUAGUACCAUUCUGUUGUAUCUUGACCUUUGAUUAAUCUAUUCAAUGAUAGAUUGUAGAAGGGAUUUCACCCCCUAUUUCUUUGUC